AUACAUUUGGAAACAAAAAGAUUAAAUGAAUAACAAAACUACAAGAAGAAGAGGGGUGUAGUCUAGGGUUUGGGUUUCAUAUCACUCCUCUGUAUCGCAAGCAAGAAAGACAGAGAGAGGGAGGCAGAAGCAAACGCAUCGAUCUGAAGAUGAGGCCGAUAUUGAUGAAAGGCCACGAGAGGCCUCUCACUUUUCUCAAAUACAAUCGAGACGGCGACCUCUUAUUCUCUUGUGCUAAAGAUCACACUCCCACUGUUUGGUUCGCUGAUAACGGCGAGCGUCUCGGCACUUAUCGCGGUCACAACGGCGCCGUUUGGUCUUGCGAUGUUUCCAGGGACUCGAAACGGUUGAUUACUGCGAGUGCGGACCAGACUGCCAAGCUUUGGGAUGUUCAGAAAGGGGCUGAACUUUUCACUUUUAAAUUUGAUUCUCCCGCAAAGUCCGUGGACUUGGGUGUUGGAGACAAGCUUGUGGUCAUCACUACUGAUCCGUUUAUGGGAUUGCCUUCUGCUAUCCAUGUCAAGCGCAUCUCCUCGGACCCUAGUGACCAGAGCGAUGAGUCUGUGCUCACAAUCAAGGGCCCUCAAGGAAGAAUUAAUAGAGCUGUUUGGGGACCUUUGAAUAGAACUAUUGUAAGUGCUGGUGAAGAUGCUGUUGUUCGUAUUUGGGACUCCGAGACAGGGAAAAUGCUUCAUGAGUCUGAUAAGGAAACUGGUCAUAAAAAGACAAUUACAUCACUUGCAAAAUCAUCAGACGGUUCACAUUUUCUGACCGGUUCCCUUGAUAAAUCUGCCAAGCUUUGGGACAUCAGAUCCUUGGAACUUAUCAAGACCUACAAGACUGAACGACCAGUUAAUGCAGUCACUCUCUCGCCAAUACUUGAUCAUGUGGUGCUUGGGGGUGGUCAGGAUGCAUCAUCUGUUACUACAACUGAUCAUCGUGCUGGAAAGUUUGAAGCCAAAUUUUAUCACAAGAUCUUGGAAGAAGAAAUUGGAGGUGUGAAAGGGCACUUUGGACCAAUAAAUGCCUUGGCAUUUAACCCAGAUGGAAAGAGUUUCUCAAGUGGAGGUGAAGAUGGUUAUGUACGAUUGCAUCACUUUGAUCAAGACUACUUCAACAUCAGGAUUUGAUUAUACUUGCCUAACCAUCAAAUCUUGCGGUGGUGGGAAGAUUUUUGUUCUCGUCAGUGUUGUGGUUAACUAUUCUUAUAACUAGGUGCCCUGGAUUGGUUUUUUAUUUGACUGGUGUAAAAGUGUUAUUCCUUUAGUGGUUGGAACUGAAUUGUUUGUACGGAAAAUGAUUAAAAUUUCCUUGCUUUUUCUCCUCAAAAAGAUAUAAAUGGAUACUGUGAGAAAA